CUGCCGGUAAUGAAUUAAUCUACACACACACACACACACACACACACACACACACACACACACACACAUACACACACACACACACACACACCGCUCAGUGUAUUUGCAUCGCUUGUGUUGGCCUGGCUCAGCGGAGGCAGAUGGACCGGUUGAGUCUCUUCUAGAGAGGACCUGAGAUUUCACAGAAACGUCCAGCAGCUCCCUCUCUAACACCGUUUCGGUUCUCACUCUCUACCGUCUAAUUUUCGUGGGUUAUUAAACAGACUUUUCAAAUAGGCUCUAAUAAAGAAAGCUAAAAUACACAAUUUUGCUCUAAUUAGAAAUUUAAAAACGUAUGUUCUUUACUUUCAUUGUUUAGUUUUGUCUUGUUAUGCUACCUGUUAUAAAGGUGAACAGGGAGUCCGUUCCAGAUCUUUUCUCUCGGUGACGUAAUGGCUCUGAGAUGCGAAACCGUUCAGCAGCGUUAUUAGUGACGUCACGGUACCGUGCAACAGGAUCGGGAGGAUUUCUAUGCCCCGCCUCCGCCCGUUAAAUCCACCUGUUCUACCACCUGCAGCAGAGCAACACUGACGGACGCUGCUGCAGCAUGGGAGGUUUCUACUCCAGUGAAAAGAUGGCAGGAGUUUUCUCUUAUGAGAGUUCAGAAAUCGACUGGUGUGAAGACAACUACAAACACUCAGAACAUGUAGUGGAGUACUUUAACACGAUGAGCAGCUUUAUUUUCUUCAUUAUAUCUCCCAUCAUGCUCUACCUCCUUCACCCUUACGCCAAAGAGAGGAACCUAGCGAUUCAUGUGGUUUGGAUCAUGAUGAUAUUUGUAGGGCUCUUCUCAGCUUACUUUCACAUGACGCUUAGUUUUGUUGGACAGAUGUUGGAUGAGCUGUCUAUCCUGUGGGUUUUGGCGAUGGGAUAUUCUGUUUGGUUCCCCCGCAGGCUCUUCCCUUCUUUCAUAAAAGACAGGGCCACAUUUACGAGCCUCGUCCUGGUGGUUACAUUGAUCAGCACGUUGUCAUCGUUUGUGAAACCGACAGCCAAUGCCUACGCUUUAAAUUGCUUCGGCCUCCAUCUGCUUUAUGUCCUGGUUACAGAGAUUAAAUGCUGUAAUGACCAGAAGGUCUUGCGACUGGCCAAGCUGUCUGUGGCUUUGUGGGUGCUAGCGAUCACCUGCUGGAUUAGUGACCGCUUUGGCUGCAGCUUCUGGCAGAGGCUGAACUUCUGCUACCUGCAUGGAAUCUGGCACAUCCUUAUUGUGAUGGCUGUGGCCUACGGCAGCACUCUGAUAGCAUACCUGGAUGCCAACUAUGAGAUACCGUACUCUCUGCCUGGACUGCAGUACUGGCCCUGUGACAAAUGGGCUGUUGGAUUACCUCACAUUGUCCUUAAGGGCACCACCAAAACACAGAAACGGUGUUAACAGACUUGAAGAUAUUUUUAGCUGUGGCAGAACAUUUCUUUCAGAAGAGGUGGGAUAGGGGAUAUUGUUUAAAUAUGGGACAGACAUAUGGAGGUGACACUGAAGUAGCCUAAUCAGAAUAAAAAUCUAUUUAACUGAGUCUAAAAUCUUGCACCAAGGCACUACUGAUUUAAAAUACAAAAAACAAAAACAAAUGUACAAUCAAGGAUACAAUGAAAGACAUAGAUUAUACGGUAUAUAAAAAUGUGAUUGGACCUUAAGGUUCUAUCCAUACAUUGUUUUUAUUCUGUUCUUGUUUGUAUUUGUCAGUGCCUUGAGGCUUAUUGUCGUAUAACCUAUUAAAAAAUCAGAACCUAUACAAACCUAAUGUUUAACUUCAGUUGGGAAUACAGAAAAAAAUAUUUAUCAACUAAAAUAUCUAUGCACAGUUUAAAUAAUUUAUUAUUUAGAAAUACCCACAAUGCAUUGUGUUUCUGAAAAGGUAUACUUAUAGCUAUUAACUGACAUGACUGAGAACAUAAGAGUGUUGGUGUAUUUUAGAGAGCUUGUCUUUGACUGUCAAGCUUCUUUUUUAAUAGAAACAAAUUCCUUUUUGAUUCAUUACAUGGCAGAUUGUCUUGAUGUACUGUAUGUUUUCUAAACAUGAAACUGUUGUAUUUCUGAGAAACGAUAACUACUGUCUUCCUAAGGUUUCUUUCAGGAAAACAUCAAAGUGUUGGUUUAUGGAGUUAAAACACCGCCGGUAUAUUUUCAUUAACUCUCGUCUCAAAUAUGUAAGUUGAGUUCGGCUAAUGUUUCAACUUGUACUUGUUUUAAUGAUUACAUUAUUAUUAUUAUAUGUGAGAAUAAACAGUAUAGUAUCAGUCAAUACCAUUUAAUCUUCCGCUCUAUUUCAAAAGGAAAAUGUUCUGUUUCAUUCAGGAGCUCUGAAUGAAAACGACUCUGCGAUGUAUUGUCUCAUGAAAUCUAAAUGAAAUUGACACAUUAAAGCAUUUAUCGUUCAAAUAUUUUAUUAUCAAAUGGUGUGAUAGUAUUUGUUCAAUGUAUGACAAAGACAGUCAACUUUUUAAAAUCCAUACAAUAAACGUCUUUUCUUCAUUAAAUCUCACUUUUGUGGUAGACAUGUUGUGCGUUGAAUGAAAAAAGAGUUCCUUUAAUUUUCUUCAGUCAAAGGCAUAUAUUUCUUUGUAGCAUAUCACAGACUUGUCACUGAAUUGUUACAGCCCUAAAGUUUAGAAAGCUCUUGACUUCAGUGAUGUUUUCAGUAUAUUCGGGUAAAUAUUGUCUUGAUGAUCUUUCCU